UCAAAAACAAAAAAAAUUAUAUUUAAUAAAAUAUAUUUGUUGUAAAUAUAUUUUAUAUAUAUAUAUAUAUAUGUAUAAGUAAUAUUUUAUAAGUAAUAUUUAAAUUAAUUUCUUCACAUUUUCUUAUCUUCCAUUAAGAUUUCUGGACCCAAAACCUUCUACAAAUAUAAGUUAUAUGUAAUAGCUGAAGUUUCAUAAGUUUGAUCUAAAAACUUAAUUUAUCAUUUUAACAGAAGAGUAAACAUGGUAAAUAUCCAUUAGAUAAGAAUGUUUGGAAAAUAUAUGAACAAAAUGAAGUACUGUACAUUUUUAAUAUGAAGCCUUGGAUUGUUACUGUCUAACCAGCAACUAUGAGAUAUUUUACAUGGUUGUAAUGACAUGGUUCUGGUCAUGGAGUGUCUCAUUAAGGCAGGUCAGUGGUGUAAGCAGGUGAAGCGACUUUACAGCUGUUCUCUCAGUUAAAGUGUGUAUCUCCUGCCCACCUGUCAGACGGCGGCCCUUCUCUACAUUCUGUCAUGAAAAGAAUAAAUAAUUCAAGACUCCUGCCCGUAUCGAAUUUGGACUCCUCAAUCUCCUCUCACUCGCUCUCUCGGCCUGUAACAGACGUUAACGAAGAUCUGAAAAAACCCAUAGAUAAGGACAGUGUGCCAUCACACACAGACACCGUGUUUGGCACCUCAGCAACAGGCACUAAGGAAAAAAAGCUUUGUGAAAAGUGAAAGCUUUCUCUAUCACAGAAGCAGGAUGUCUGGUGCUAACAGUGACCUUCUACAUAGAUCAACCCUGAGUGUUUAUUAUAACCUCAUGGAUCAGUUUAAUCCCGGUUUGCAAAAGCUGGUUACUUUAGGAAACAGUUAUAUCAAGGCUUUUCAAGCCUUGGCACUGACGAGUGAGGCCUACUUCAGUUUUCUUGCUAAAAUGGGUGAGCAAGCUCUCAACACAUUGUCGUCCAGACCACUUGGUGAUGUGCUGAUUGAGAUAUCAGAGACGCAGCAGAAGCUGACAGCUGAGGUGGAGGGCGUGUUUCGCUGGUUCCAUGUGGAGGUUCUGCAGGCCAUGGACAAGAAUGUGAAGCUAGAUGAGGAGUACAUUGAAGGAAGCCGUAGGGUGUAUGAAUUGGAGGUGAGGAAUCAGGCUGCAGCACUGGAGAGACAGUUGAGACGUGGAGCUUUCAGAGACUCGCUGGAGGGCAGUGAGUACAUGCAGUACCUGAGACAGAGCCAACAUGAAAUUCUCAAAGAAGAAGAGAGGAGGUAUCGUUUCUUGGCUGAGAAACAUUGCGGACUUACGCAGUCGCUACUGUACCUCAUCAACAAGAUGGGGGUGUCCCUGCAGCAGAGAGCGGAUGGAUGGAAAGAAAGAGUCAGUGAGAGCAGAGGUUCCAGACCUCGAACACCCACUCCAACAGAUCAAGAAGCUCAGUUAAGGAGUUCUCUGGGCUCGCUGCUGCAGACUGGAGACAAAGAAAUGGACCGAGUGCCACUGGGCAGAGUGCCCUCUAGAGCUCCGUCUCCACUCCCCAGUCGUUCUCGCUCCAGUUCUGUUGGUGAGUCUUUGGGUCUUGGUGGUGGCCGCUCCAUGAGGGCCAUCGUAUCACAUCCCCCUUCAUCCAAUCCAGUCCUGCUGCCGUUUUCCCGUGGUGACAUGGUGACUGUACUCAUACCAGAACCCCGGAACGGCUGGCUGUAUGGACGCCAUGACUCAAGCCUCCGUCAAGGCUGGUUUCCUGCUGCUUAUGUGGCUUCCACUAAAGAUUUUCUACCCUUAGGCUCCAGUGGGGCGUCACACCGAAGCCACAGCUUGAACAACCUCCUGGAUCCAACCAACCAGUCAGAAUCUGCAGACACCUUGAGCUAUAGCGACGUCACAUCCUCAGCAAUACUUAUGCGUCGGGCUUCAGCAGAUCUUCGCCCAGUAUCUCCCCUCCCUGACAAGAAGGCGGAGUCUACCAGUGAGGGAAAGACCAAUCAGAAAACCUACAAUGAAAUCCCGCCCCCAGCUGCACCGCUCCGCCGGGGAUCAGCUGACAUUCGGCCGAUAUCUCCCCUGCCUGACAGGAGGGCGGAAUCUCAUUUUGAGAGCAAAGUGGAACACAAAAGUUACAAUGAACUCACACCUCCAGCUCCAACCCUUCCAAACUCUCCUCUUCCUGAACGAAAUGUGGAAUCAAGUUUGGAGAGGUCAACUGUUCAUGGACAGCCACCAGAGCAUCCUCUUUUCCCCAGAGGUUCGAAUCCUUUUGCCACCGUGAAGCUCCGCCCUACAGUCACCAAUGACAAAUCAGCACCACGGAUUCACUGACAGUCAACAAAAAACCCCUCCCCUGCACUCUGACUGGUUCAGAGUCUUUCUGUCAGUCCAUAAAUACAUUCAAUCACCAUGAAUAUUAGAAUGAAAAAGUAAUAAGCACCUUUUUAAACUUAAAAGUAUUUAAGAAUAGAAUAGAGUUUCAGUUGAAUUACCUCAGAAUUUAAAGGCAUAAUACAGUAAGAUUGUGUUAAGUCUGACCACUAGGUUUGUUUUUAUGUGUGUAUCUGUUUUGGCAUUUUGUGAUCAGAAAAUGUUUUUUAGAUAUUACAAUCUAUAAGUGUUUUUAUAUAUAUAUAUAUAUAUAUACACAAGUUCUGUUCUAUUCAGUUCAUCAGAACUUCAUUUACGUUUAAUUUCAUUAACUUUCAUUAAAGUUUAGGUGAAUGCUUAUGAAAAUAAUUUGUUUAUUAUAAAGGAAAAAAAUUAUGGAUAGUUUAUGUGUGUUUUUAGUUGAAUUUUGAUCUGGUUUGUGACCCUAAAAUCAUUGCUCUUUAGUGCUUUUGUUUUUUAACUUUUGGUUUAGAAAAUUAUAUAUACUGUAUGCUAAUAUUAUAAUAUAAUGCACAAAAGGAAUCGUUGAAAUAAAAAGAAA